UCGCCAUUUGUGACAGAAAGCGAAAAAGCAAAGCAGCAUGGCUAGAGGGAGCAAUGGUAAUCCCACAAGGGGAAGAGAUAGUAACCCCUCUACCCAUACCCACAUAGGCCAUGAUCACUAUCACAGCAUCAUCACCGCUGCUUCAGCUUCCACUCCCACCCCAAACGAUCCCCUUCCCACUUCUGGAACCCUAGCUUCCUUCAACAACUUCGGACAAGGCUCGCAGGAUUUCCGCCAUGCAACCGUUAACAGCGGUUCACGCUCCGCUUCUUCUGGAUCUGGGACUCUCUGCUCCUUUAACAACGCCGGAAGUGGAUCACAAGACUUCCAGGGUGCAAAAAUUAGCACUGCUGCGGUAACGCUACAACCACCUAACCGCUUCUUCAGAUCGCCAGCAUCUAGAAUCGCAAGAAUGUUACAUAUUGGAAAUGCCAACCACUGCUCUGGAACUGUUCACUCUUUCAACAACCACGCCAACGGAUCCCAGAAUUUUAAUGGCGCCGACAUUAAUACCGGUGCCAAUUCACCUAACCUUUGAGAUGUUGGGAGUAGCUCGGGACAUGAUAUGCGACAAAAAGUCUCAAAUUUGCAGGAGGUUUCUUAACAAAUGUUUGGUGGGCAUAUCUUAUGCAUAUGCAUGGAAGUGGAGAUUGCAACAUGGAACUGAUGGAAGUUAAACUCAAAGUAUUGUGAAGCAGUAAUCAUGUCAGGGCAGAACAGAAUAAGAACCUUCAUAUAUUUAUAUUGGUUUCGUUCAAGGUUAUGAAACUUAUGUUUCCUAUGUUUUUAUCUUCGUGUAGUCUAGUAAUUGUGUGUUUGAUUUAUCGUUUGAAAUUCACUUAAUGGACUUUUACAUACUAUUUGAUUAAAAGUAAGUUAUAUUGAACGUAAUUUUUUCCCAAACACACCCGUUCAUUUCGAUUCUUCGGAGGGGUAUGACUUGUGGUAUGACAUUUUGGGAACAUGUACCCUUGUGGUUUAA